CACGGAAAGACGGGCUCUUUUAUCUGCCAUCUCUGGAUUGCGAAAUUAGCAAGAAACUUAAAGAAAAAACUUGAGGAAGAAUUGUCUUUAAAUAUGAAUAAAUUGCCGCGCCUUGAAACCUUGAUGUUUAACAAAUCCGUGAUCGACGAUGUGAUUGCCAACAUGUCCAAUGCCUUUCAGGACGCAGGUGUUGAUGAAUCUGUGCUGCAAAAGUUGAAGCAAGUAUGGGGAUCCAAAAUGCAGAAAGCCUUAGGAGUGAACAUAAUCGACUCGAUCCCCAACUUGGACACCAACUCCACUGAUACGGGCCCCACUAUGGACACUGACAACACCAAGAAGAACGCUGUGGAUGAGACAGUUUCAGUACAGGAGGCACCUACCAAAGUGACCACAGCUGUUGCUGUAACCAGUGAAGUUCCAACUGCGAUCCCAUGGAAACUGCAAAAGAUCGAUUUGCCAGAGCUCUUGAACACUUACCAGGCUCGACGCAACUCCAUGUCUGUGGGAUAUGCCAUGGAACUGGACGGGUUACCACCAGCCAAGGAGGAACCGGACAAAGAGGAGGUUAAGGUCCAGCUUGAGUUGCCAGAGAAAGAGGAAGAGGCUAUCCAGCAGGUUCGCAACGAUGACGAGGCUCGGAACAGUAGCGACGACGAAGCCUCCGAUGGUGACCUGUUCCAGUCGGACAAUGUGAUCAUAUGCCAAUUUAAUAACAUCACCCAUUACCGCCAAAGGUGGAGGUUCAACCUCAGGAACGGAGUGAUGCGCAUCAACGGCUCGGAAUACGUAUUCAAGAAUUUGCAGGGCGAGGCAGAUUGGUAAUUACAGAAGGAAGUUACCAUCAUAUAAUUAACAAGAAAUUUAACAAAAAUCGACAAAUCCAGCGAUUGAACGCAUCCUGGCUUCUGCCAAGCAGAUAUGUUAUUUGCAUAUCCAUCAAAAAUUCAAAUUACACAUAUUGAAUGCAAAUGAAACAAAUGUGGGUUUACUCAAAGAUUGAA